UGGCCCGUCCGGUGUCGGUGUGUGUUACCGGAGCUGUUAGGAGUUAACAUGUCUGAAUAACUGGUGUGUUUUCAGUGGUUUUUUGGAUAAAAAGAGAGAAGCUACUUUAUUAAAAACCGCCAUGGAGGCUGUGACUAAGUGGAGACCGCAACAAGUGGUGGACUGGAUGCGGGGUCUGGACGACAGCGUCCAGCAGUACAUCCCGUCCUUCCAGCAGCAGCAGGUGGACGGAGAGAAGCUGCUCAGGAUUUCCCACCAGGAGCUGUUGUCUCUGGGCAUGUCGAGGGUCGGACACCAGGAGCUGGUCCUGGAGGCCGUGGAUCUGCUGUGCGCCCUGAACUCGGGCGUGGAGUCGGACAACCUGAAGACUCUGGUGGGGAAGAUGAGAACGGCGCACCACAACCUGAGCAGCGCCGUGUCGCAGCGCAGGAAGAACCCCGCCUACCACAACAAAAACUCCCAUCAGCCCUCCAACGAGUUCCUGACCGCCGUGGUCGAGCUGAUCGGAGCCGCCAAGAGUCUGCUGGCCUGGCUGGACAGGACUCCACUGACGAGCCCCAACGACUUCACCUCCACCAAGAGCCGAAUCAUCCAGCUGUGUCUGGAGCUCACCUCCACCGUCCAGAAGGACUUCACUGUUUACGAGAUGGAGGAGAAGAUUAUGGAAGUGUCUCGAGCUCUGAACGGUAUCUGUGAGAAGACGGCUCAGGCGACCUCCGACACCUCGAAGGGUGACAUGACCUGUCUGGAGGAAGUGCAAAUCACCAACAUCAAGCCUGGAGAGGGACUGGGGAUUUACAUCAAAUCCACGUACGACGGGCUUCACGUCAUCACGGGAACAACGGAGAACUCUCCUGCUGAUAAAACCCAGAGGAUUCACGCCGGAGACGAAGUCGUUCAGGUCAACAAACAGACGGUGGUGGGCUGGCAGCUGAAGCACCUGGUGGAGAAGCUGCGGACGGAGACAGGAAGCGUCACCCUGGUGGUGAAGAAGAGACCGGCUGGGAUCGCUGGCGGCUUCGCUCCCGCACCGCUGAAAAACCUGCGCUGGAGACCCGCCCUCGUUCAGACCUCUCAGGGAGCUCCGGCUCUCCACAGACUCCGACAUCCAGAAGCUUCAGACGCAGCAGGGAAGAGAGUGAAGUCAGCCGUGUUGGAUCUGUACAUCCCUCCUCCGCCUGCAGCGCCGUACGUACCGCUAGACGGGAACACGAACAUUCACCAGAGUGUGAAAAUGAGGCCGAAGUCUCCGAACUCGUGUCUGGAUGCGGACACUCGGAGACGCUACACCGUCGCCGCCGAUGACAAAAGGACGUUCGUCGGUUCUCCUGCUGAAGGGAACCAGCCGGUCCCCGUCCGCCUCCGACAGCGAGCCUCUGCACGCUGUAAACCUCGGCCCGUCUCCAUGCCGGUGGAGUCUCUGUCGGCUGUGUCCAACCCGUCCUGCAGGCGCGGGACUCAGGGGAAGAAAGGUCAGGACAUCCUUCACCGGUAUCUUAGUAACGAGGGGAUCAGCGUCAUCACCGAGGAGGAGCCGUGUUACCCGCUGCCGUACCGCGGCCACCCGUCUGUCCGCGGCGUCGACCACAUCCGAGGCAGCCAGUGCUUCAUCAACGCCGACCUGCACAGCACCGCCACCAUCCCCUACCAGGAGGCCACAUCCAAGAAACCCACCACCGCCGCCGCCGCCACUGCUUCCUCCUCCUCCACCACCACUUCCUCUUCCUCCGCUGCUGUUUCACCUCCUCCCAACGCGGCCAAACAGUCGACGUCGCUGCUCGGUGGCUGGCUGGCUCGUCUCCGGCUGCUCAGCCACUGGCGACGCUUUAAGAAACUAGUUCCUCCUCUGCUGUGCGUCAGUCUGCUGUCAACACAACAAGCUGCUGGACGUCCAGGCUGCAGGUCGGCUGCAGCCAUGAGUCGGCGGCGUAUUUCUAUCAAGGAUCUGGGCGUGGUGGACUGUCAGGGCUGGCUUCACCGCAGGAAGGAGAGCCGCAGGUUCCUGGGGAGCAAGUGGAAGAGAUACUGGUUCGUCCUGAAGAAGAGCUCCCUGUACUGGUACAACGACAAGAUGGAUGUGAAGGCUGAAGGAUUCAUCAACCUGUCCGGCUUCACCAUCGAGCAGGCGAAACAGUGCCGGAAGAAACACGCCAUCACAGCGAGCCACCCGCUGGUCGUCACCAUAUUCGUCGCUGCAGAAAGCUUCACGGAGAUGAACAAGUGGAUCAGUAAUCUGUCAGCGGCGGCCGAACCGUGUGGCCAGAUCAAUACUGAAGAGUGUUACAGCGAAGACAGCGAUCAGGACGACGAUGACGACAGCGUGACGACUUCCUGUCCUCCAGACUCCGAACUACAUCCAGCAGAGUCUGAAGAUGGAGAUGUUCUUCAGUCUCUGUCGCCCGUUGACUUGACGAGUGAGAACAGAGACCGAAGCCCCUCGGAGGGAACGAUAACCAGACGCAGAGGAAGAGCAAGAAAAAUAAGUGACUCGAGUGGAGGAGAGCGGCUGUCCUGGUUGGACCUGCCGGGGCCGAACGGUGGACCGACCGUCCCACAGCUCCACGUCAAAGAAGAAGAGCAGAAAGUCGUCGUCCACGACAAGCCGGCCGAUGAGAUGGAGAGUCUCUACAACCACCUGAAGGCAGCCAGCUUGUCUCCGACUGGUCAGUCCAGGAGGAAAGACUUCAGAGCGUCUUUCAUCCAACGAUGCUCCAACGACAAAGUCAACGAGAAGCUUCACCUGCUCAGGAUCCUCACCUCAACGCUAAAGGCUAAAGAACUGGAGCUGGUUGCAGUGGAGCAGAUCCUGACCGAUCCGGCUCUCACAGCGUCCGCAUACAGGAAGUGGAAACUCUCUAACUCCAUCCUGCUGGUGGAGAUCAACCACAGAAACCAGGCGGCAGCAGGUGGCGCUGCGGAGCUACAACUUCCUGAACAUCAGAGCAGCUGAUGUGAUGAGAGCUUCAGACUGAGGAGGAGAAACUCACGAAGCUGACAGGAGCUUUUAAAACCUGUCCGUCCAAA